AUGCGACUGGACAGGAUCAUCGCCAUCAGCAGCACCCUGCACUCGGUGCGCGGCCUCGCCUACCUCCCUCAAUCAACCUCAGACACUCUCGCAAACGCCGCAAAAGAUCACUCCAUCCACACUCAAGCCACAGCAAGAUGCAGCGCCCCAGCCUCCUUCUCGACGACUGCAGCGCCGACGCCCACCAGUGCCGUCUUACCGCAACCAGCAGCGCAGCGGCAGGUCGCCACCGAGCUUGCCGGGAUGAUCUCAGAGCUGCUCUUCAAGCACAAGGAGCUAGAGCAAGAUGUGCGAUCAGGUGUUUACCACCGGAAAUUUCGCAACGAUGAAAGGCAUGAUGAAGAGACUUUCGAAGCCCAAGCCACUACUGAGGAAGGGGUGUCCCUUGGCUUGCCACGGCCCCCUGAGGCUUCGUUCCAGACCUGGCCUCUGAGUCUCGAUCUUGAUCUUGAUGAAUACCAUCGGGCUUUCAUGGAUUGGGGCGACGAGAUGAAGCUGUACUACGUUGAGUUGGAUGAGUACUACGAAAAGCGCCGAGAGAUGUGCGGAAGUAGACAGCAGCAAGGUGCGUGA